CCGCAAGUACCUAGGGCGCUGUUAGGGCGGUGUGGCUAACAACGAAAUGUAGCAAACUGGUAAGGAGAUCUAAGUUAGUCCGGAUUGUACACUGAGCUGGAUGGCAACCAGCUUAAAAAACAAGACGCACCGGUUAACGAAGACAGCAAGCAGACAGGUAAGUGCAGGUGAUCCCCAAGGAUGGCAGUGACCCCGGAAAGGCUCGCGGACAUCGCAGUAGCCCCUUGGCACAGAGAACACAAAUGCUGUUGGAGAAAGCCAGCUAUAAAGAUGAGUUGGCCGGUGGAUGGGUUUUUUUCUGAAGUGGGGAGGAAGGCCCGAUACUGCUGUAAAUUCCCCUGCCCUGACAGGGCAGGUAGAUGCCGUUAGUUCUUAUUUUUCCUGUUUCAGUUUUUCCCUUUGUGUUUGGGAAGCUGCAGUGGUUACUGCUUUGUGUGGGGAUGCUUUGUCAGAGCGUGCUGCACAUGCGUUUGUGAAAUAAAGUGUGAGCCCUGAAGAGCUGAAGUGAAAAUCUGGGAAUAAGAUUUAACUGCUGUUUUAGAACCAGUAGAGGGAGCACCACAUUUUCUUACAAGGAAAAACAUCAUGGUUUGCAAAAUUCUUGGGGAUCUACAUAUAAUCCACACGUGCACGCUUUGGUUGAACGUUUUACUUCUUUGAAGACUGAGAAUAGACUUGGGCAUCAAUAGUACGGUGUGUGAAUGUUUGUCACUUUUACUUUGCUGUAGUAAUUGGGUUUUUAAACAUUCUCUUUGAAGCCAACAUGUCUCGAGAGACUGGAAGCGAAGCGCAGCAGUCUCAAGGUGCCCAACAGUCACAGAGUGGUACCAGUUCCUCUUCCAGUGGGUCACAGAGUACUAGUCAGUCUUCCGCAAGUUCUGGGACCCUCAGUUCUUUGGACACUGUUCCCACUCAGGAGCUUCCGUCUAUCCCUGAGGACCAGGAAUCUGAAGAGCUUGUUCCUCAGCCUUGGGGUCGACUCUUUGCACUUGGAAAAGGUUUCAGCAAUUGUGACUGCGUGAAUGAUGAAUACUGGUUUGGAAGAGACAAAAGCUGUGAUUAUAGUUUUUCUAAGCUAGGAUUGUCUGAGACUGGCUUCUACCAAAACUAUAGCAAGAAGCAUUUCCGAAUUUUCAGGGAAAUGGGUCCAAAAAAUUCCUAUGUUGCCUACAUUGAAGACCACAGCGCAAAUGGAACUUUUGUUAAUAGAGAGCUUGUUGGAAAAGGGAAGAGGCUUCCGCUGACUCACAACUCUGAAAUUGCACUGUCUAUACAGACUAAUAAGGUGUUUGUAUUUUCUGAUCUUAUGGUGGAUGAUCAGUUGGUGUUUCCUAGAGAAUUCAGAGAGAAAUAUAUCAUGUCAAAGACUUUGGGAAGUGGUGCCUGUGGAGAAGUCAAACUGGCAUUUGAGAAGAGCACUUGUAACAAAGUUGCGGUAAAGAUAAUCAAUAAACGGAAGUUUAUGACAAGUGGUGUUAGAGAGGCAAACCCAGCUUUUAAUAUCAAGACAGAAAUUGAAAUUUUGAAGAAAAUAGAUCAUCCUUGCUUAAUCAAGAUAAAAAACUUCUUUGAAGCAGAGGAUUACUACAUUGUUUUGGAACUGAUGGAAGGAGGAGAAUUGUAUGACAGAGUGUCAAGGCCAAUCAAGAUGAAAGAAGCUACCUGCAAGUUGUAUUUCUAUCAGAUGCUGCUGGCUGUAAAGUAUCUUCAUGACAAUGGAAUUAUACACCGAGAUCUAAAGCCAGAGAAUGUGCUACUUUCAUCUUCUGAAGAGACAUGUCUUAUAAAGAUUACAGAUUUUGGACAAUCCAAGAUUCUUGGAGAAACUUCUCUUAUGAAAACAUUAUGUGGUACUCCCACAUAUCUUGCUCCUGAGGUUCUAAAUUCACUUGGGACUGCUGGAUACAGCCGAGCUGUGGACUGCUGGAGUUUAGGAGUUAUGCUUUUUGUAUGCUUGUGUGGAUAUCCACCAUUUAAUGAGCAAAAUACUCAGCUAUCUCUGAAAGAUCAAAUCACUCGUGGAGAAUACACGUUCAUUUCAAAAGAAUGGAAGCACGUAUCAGACAUGGCUCUGGAUCUUGUGAAGAAGCUGUUAGUAGUGGAUCCAAGCAAACGUCUUACAACAGAGGAAGCCUUAGAGCAUCCUUGGCUUCAGGAUGAAGAUAUGAAGAGUACAUUUGAACAGCUACUUGCUCAGACACGUGCCAAUAUGAAUCCACCGCAAACAUCAAAAAUGCCAACCACAACAAGAAAGCGUCUCCAUGAAAAUGAGGAAGAAUCUGGCUCUUCUAAGUGUGCUGUUCCUUCUACAUCAUUUCAGAAAAUGAGGAUGGACUGAGUAAGAGGAAACACGAUAACAAGUGAUGGAAGGAAGAUGUAUAAGUUCCUGCCAGAGAAGAACUAGGAACUGAACUGAGAUAAACAAUUUUUUAUUUGCUUGUCUGUUCAGUGAAAAUUUUGGACUGUGUGCCUCUUACUAAAGGAUAUUAAUUUCAUUAUUGACUAAGAGGGAGCAAUUUAGUAACUUUGUUCUAAGACAUGCAUCUUCUGGUUAAAGGCAUUUACUGUAAAUUGAUUUGGAAAGAAUAAAGCCUAAUGCCUUAUGAAAUAAACCAAUGUCAAGUAGGAAUUAAGAUAAGACCUUCAUGAGUCAGAUUUUCCCAUAUGUGCCUGUUGCAGAGAUCUUGUGUGUUUUGAGAUAUUUGAUAUUAACCAUUGUUAAUGAUAAAAUGGCAAUUCUUGAACAUUCAUAUUUUCAUUAAUGAACUGGGUGGAGGAACAUCCAUGGGCACCUGGAUGAAGAAAAAUACCACUGGUUCAAAUCCACUCCAGAUACACAGGGUGAUAAAACAGAAGAAAUGCAUGUCUAUCCUCUAAUGACAUUCCCUUUCUGGUGCACGCAUGUGAUUGACUGGCACAUCCUCAAAGAGUUCUGGUACUUACUGUAGCUCAUCUGAAGUAAAAGGGAAUACUCAGCUGCCAUUUG